GGAGAACCCCUGCUCAGCUCUGCACCGUCCUCAAAAUGUCAAAGGACGAGACAAGAGCAAGCGCCAGCGACAGCGAGGACGAAGAGGACGUCUUUCACGACGCCCGCUUCCCCGCCGACGAGGAGACGAAACUCCUUGAAGAAUCCCGCUCCCUCAAAGCCGAAGCCAACCAGCUCUUCACAGCCGCCAGCUACGACGAAGCCAUCACCUGCUACGACCGCGCCCUGGCCUCCUGCCCCAACUACCUCGACUACGAAGUCGCCGUGCUGCGCAGCAACAUGGCCGCCUGCUACCUGAAGCUGGAGGACUGGAAGGCCUCCGUGGACGCGGCGACGGCGUGUCUCGACCGGCUGGACAAAGUGCUUCCCCCAACGACGAGUACAAACACGGAGGCAACGAGUCGGGAAGGCAAUAGUCCCGGAACGGCGACGGAGGAAGCAGUCGUGGAGAUCACCGGGGACGACCAGGAGGCAGAGGAGGCCCAGCUCCAGCGGCUGCAGCAGCGGGACCAGACGAAGCGCGACGUGCUGCGGAUCCGCGCGAAGGCGCUGAUGCGCCGCGCGCGCGCCCGGAUGCAGCUGGGCGGGUGGGCGAAUCUGCAAGGCGCCGAGGAGGACUACAAGGCGCUGGCGGCCAUGGAUAACCUCCCCCCGGACGACAGGCGCGUGGUGCAGAAGGGGUUGCGGGAGCUGCCGGACCGGAUCGCCCAGGCCCGCGAGAAGGAUAUGGCCGAGAUGAUGGGCAAGCUGAAAGAUCUGGGCAAUGGAAUUCUGAAGCCCUUUGGUCUCUCCACUGAGAAUUUCAAGUUCGUCCAGGACCCCAAGACGGGCGGGUACAGCAUGAACUUCCAGUCUGGUUGACAUCCCCCUGAGUGGGCGGUAAAUAAUGACACUACGCAUGUGGAGUUGGGAUGCAUUUUUCGAGCGAAAGCGAUAGAGCUAUCUUUUAGGAUGAGGUAUAAUAUUAUAUGUUACGGGGCUGUUUACAGCGGCGAUCGUCCAACUACUGUCCUGCAGUGAACAAGGUAGCGAUCCUCGAAAGAUCAUCAAGAGAGACCUUGUCACCGAGGUCGAAGAUUGUGGAUCGACGUUGGCUUUUUCCACCGAAAGGUCGGUGGACUUGCUGGGUCGCAGGCUCUUGAGGGCUGGGGCCAUAGACUCGAGCAGUGAACCCGCCCUCAAGGUCUCCACCAACAACUGGGGGCCACGGCUGGAUGCCAUGGCAGAACUUGAAAAAGUCUUCUGCAAUUGCAGAGCUCACUUCUUGCUGUGCAGGCGACAUAAACUCACGGAAGUUCUGGAAGAGGUAGGCAA